AGUUAAACUGAAGAAAUGCUGUGGGGGAUGUUUGUUUAGAUUCAAGGUGCGGUCACGACUCACGAGGGCCUCCUGCCUGAUUCGAAAGUUAUUGAGAAUGCCUUCGAAUCCUAAUCCAGCAGUCUCAUAAAUACGUCACCAUCCUGUCCGGUGUUUCCACCGAUAACAUAAUUUUUUCUUCAUGGACCGACCAGCCCCCACCACCUCCACCUCUACUCCACCCAUCAUUAAGCAACCUACGGAACCACCACCAUCUCAACCACAACCGCAACCACAACCACAACCACAACCACAACCACAACCACAACCAUCCUCCUCCACGGCCUCUACAAACCCUAAUCUUAACCCCAACCCACCCCCAAAACCUUCAAUAUCAGCAGCAACAACAAUCACCACCACCCCCAGCAGCACAAGGCCUCAGACAGUGCAUAGGCCAUGGCAGCACCCCCACCCCCACUCCCAAUUCCCGUCUGUUUCUUCGGGCCCUCCUAUACCAUCCUCCUCCUCCACGACCCCUUCUAUUUCUUCGCCACGCGGUGUUGCCCUAGGUGUUCCCGCGCCUUCUCCCGCGUCCUUUUCUUCUUCAUUUGGUCACCAGUUUGUUGGAUUGAACCGCGCUCCUGUCAACGUGCCUGAAUCCGUAGCCAACACCAGCAACUCGCAGGUGAGGCAAGGGGUGAUGGCUUCAAUGGCGUCGAAUUCUCAAAUGCGACCACAUCAACAGAGACCUGUUCAAUCAUCUCUUCGACCACCCACUUCUUCCCCAAAUACCCAAAAUUUCCCAGGGCAUGUAUUUAUAAGAUCCACACCAGUAGGUACAGCAGGUUCUCCAGUGCCAAACACAUCGCAAAGUUUGCAGUCCCCCAAUCAGCUGUGGUUGUCAUCUGCAUCUCAAGGGAAGCCUCCAUUGCCUUCCCCUUCAUAUAGACCUCAGAUGAACUCUCCGUCACUGCAACAAAGGUCACACAUUCCACCACAGCAUCAUCCCCCACCGACAACUUCACAGCAACAGCACAUAUCACCUGCACAGCCACAACAACCUUUACAAUCCCAUCAACAACCAGAGCAUUAUGGCCAGCAAUUUCCACCAUCAAGAGUCCAACAGUCCUUAUCCCCUCUGCAACAAGUUUCAAGGGUUCAAGGUUCAGUAAAUCAUAAGCCAUCUUCCCUAGCAAUGUCACAUCCUAACACAGUACAACCAUUGCCGCAGAAUAGUAUAGCUAAUGCAGAAAGUGAUGAAUCUGGUAACCGGAUUCUUAGCAAAAGAAGCAUUCAUGAGCUAGUUAGUCAGAUUGAUCCAUCAGAGAAGUUCAAUCCUGAAGUUGUAGAGAUUCUAGCAGAUAUAGCAGAUGAAUUUCUUGUGUCUGUCACAACAUUUGGUUGCUCAUUGGCCAAGCAUCGAAAAUCAGAUACAUUGGAAGCAAAAGACAUACUUCUACAUCUUGACAGAAACUGGAAUAUGACACUACCAGGGUUCUGUGGCGAUGAGAUUAAGAGCUACAGAAAACAAGUAACAAACGAUAUCCACAAGGAGCGCCUUGCGGUGAUAAAGAAGUCAAUAUUGGCAUCUGAGAUGGCAAAUGCUAAGAACUCUGUGGGACAAGCUGCUGGAAAUGCAAAGAGUAGCACGUCAAAGACCUUGUCAAAUCCCAUUGUCUCCCCCAACCUGAAAGUUACAUGAGGUGUUUAUUGUACUAGCUUUGGCAGCUUUUUUGCUAAAGGUCUAGUUAUGGGAAAGAUGGAUGACAAUCACCAAAAUCAUCUCUGCCUUUAUUCAAACAAUGCAUGUGGAAUCCUUUCACAGACGGACAUGAAUAGCGACACCACAAGACCAAGAAAAUAUAAAAUUACCCAGAUUAACAACUCAGACAACUGAUUCCAAGUUAUUGUGGAAGUGGAAGUUGUAUUGCAUCCGAUAACACUCAGUGUAGAGUUUGUGGUAUCGAGGUGCUUGCGCAGCUAAUGCUAACCAGGUUUCUUUCCAUUAUCGUUUUUUGCAUUACAUUAGUUAACAAAGAAUCAAAAGCUCUUCUUUUUUUUCUGUGGGAAUUGUAGGAAGACAAUUGCAGUGCUUUCAUGAUUCCAAGUUUGGGAACCGUAAAUGCUAUUGCUCCUACAAUUAAUUGUCAGUGGACUUGUAUAAAAAGCUUUGAGCUGAAUUCUGUAAAAGAUAUAUGAUUGGAUUUAGUAAAAUGAUUGAACCUAAA